UAUGCACACUCUAUCGGAGGAGAAAAGAGUUUAAUCAUUGUCCUCUUCUGCUGCUUGGAACUAUCACUUCAUCUUACAAAUUAACCUACUACAAUGAAAUUAUUAACUUCUCUAUUAGGAUUCGUAUCUUUCAGUCGUAUUAUGACAAACUGUCCAGACUCCAGCUGGAAAACUUAUAAUUCACAUUGCUACUACAUAUCUUCAACAAAAGAAAACUACAAUGAUGCUAUAAACGAGUGUAUUGGUAUGUCGUCUCACAUAGUACGAAUAGACGAUAGCUCUGAAAAUAAUUUUUUAUGGGGUGUCGUCGAUAAUGGUGGUUUUGGAAUAAUACACACAAGUCCAAAUGCAAUUUGGUUAAGUGUAAAUGAUAGGACAAGUGAGGGUCACUUUAAACACGAAGAUGAUUCUAAUGCUGCGUACCUGAACUUUGUGGGUGGGGAUCCAAAUGAUUGGGAUGGAACUGAUGGUGCAGACUGUACCGCUAUGACGUUACUUGAUACUGGAGGUUGGAGGGACAGAAAAUGCUCAGCAAAAUAUCAUUACGUUUGCGAAAGAAACUUUAUUCCAACUACAACUCCCCAAACAACUCUUGAAACAACGGCCCAGACAACUAUUCAAACAACAAUCCAGACAACUAUUCAAACAACAACUGUUAUACCUUCAACAGCAGCUACAACUGAAGGCCCAACAACCACUAUUCAACCGGAUUUAUCAUCAUCUAUUAAAGUAACGCAGUACUUUCUUCAUGCUAAAGCUGCAAAACCGCAAACAAAUUUUGUUACGCAACUAAAAUCUCGUGGUAGAAUUCAUUGCGGUAUACUAUGUAGCUCUUUGGAAGCUUUAUGCCAAUCAUUUACGUUGAAGGAUGAUUUGACAUGUUUCCUGUACGGAGAAAUGCGACUAUCUUUAUUAAAUGUUAACUUGAACGAAGAUUACUACACAAUUUAAAUCUGAACUCAAAGUAUAAGGGCAGUUUAUUUAUCCUACAAUUGUUGUAAAUGACUCAAAUAUUUGUAAAUAAAAUGAAAUGCCUAUAUCCUAUUCACUCUCUUUCAAAAAGAAAAUCUCUAAUAUAGAUCAUAUAUAUCUCUUUUUAGCAAGUUGUCUAAUACAAUAUACCUCUAAUUGAGGAGAA